AUGUCGACUGGAUCAUCUGAAAAGUAUAAGAAGACGCUUGACCUUGCUAUUAAAGAAGCUGAUGAUGAAGAGUUGCGAAGCAAGAAUUUUAGAAGAUUGGGAAACAUGAAUGCAAUAAAAAAUAGUGUUCAUUGUGGUGUACAUAAUACCAAUCUUAAUCUUUAUAAGGAGAUAAAUACGUUGUCAUUAAGUAAGGAUAGGCUAUCGAUAAAAAAUACGAAAGAUCAUGAGGGAGAAGAUCUGGAGGAAGAAGAUCAGAAAGAAGACUUCGCAUAUUGGAAUAUACUUAAUUUAACUGAGAAUACCCAAAUAAAAUCUCUUUUCUCGAUGAAUAACUGGGAAGAAAUGGUUGAAAGUUUCAAUAAUGAAGUUAAAUUGAAUGAAUCAGAUUUUCUUGAUGUGAUAGAGUAUUUUUUCGAUGAAGUUAGUCAAAUUAUAAAAAAAGAUGAUAAGGAUAUCAAUGCGAUUGAUAGAUUAACCCUAAAAAUUAUUGAAACAAAUUGA